CGAAAAAUCACCUGCAAGAAUCUAGCCUAGGCCUAUGCUGUGGGUUUUUUUAUACUGGGCCUACUGAGAGUUUCCUGAACAAAAUAGUACUUUACAGCACUUUUUGUUUAGAAUGUAGUUUUAUAAAAGAAUCAAAAUUGAAUGUAUGAGAGUGGAAUUUUGUCAUGAAAGAUGAAAGAUAGCAUUGAGAGUACCGAAGUCAUAGCCUUGGCUGGACGUGAGGGAUUUUAACUAGAUUUCUAGAUCUAUUAGCUCCCCUGUUGGCAAUUUUACUAGUUUUAAUUGAUUUCGCUAAGAGAUAAUUCAAUCUUUUACUGGGAUCUAAAUGUUUCAGAAUGUGAUAUAUUCGGUUAGUUACAUCUCACCCCUUUAUGAUCUUGCUGAAGGAAGAAUGAGAGAGUUGUCAUCACUGGCUGAAAACACUGACUUUCAAUAAGAGCCUGAAUCUCCUUCUAGCCUGUCACAAUGGGGGGAGGCUUCUGUGGUUCUGAGUCAAAUGCUAUGAGUGUCAAGGAAGGCGUCAUUCAAAAUGAGUGUUUCGUCGAUGUCUUGAACAUUAUCCCACAUGCUCUCCUUGCUCUUGUGUGCAUCUUUAUUCUCACCGUUUGGAACCACUCUGUCAUUGGGAAGCUCAAAGUGAAGACCUGGGUCCACUUCCAGUGGCACAAUGCUCGCUGGAUUUUCACCCUUGCCCUCAUCACAACAAUUAUUGUAGAGAUUGCAGAGGGUUUUAUCAGUGACCUCAACGACACAGACUCCACAAACUAUCAUGCUUUUGUCCCAGCGUGUGUCUCAUUUUUAGGUGCUUUACUCAGCAUCAUAUUCUACCACAAUGUGGAGCAGUGGAAUUCACCUAAGUUCCUGUUGGUUUUACUCAUCUACUGGCCAAUGGCUGUUGUGCUGAAAGGCUUGAAGGCUUUGUCGAUUUAUCGAAAUGACUUGACAGUAAAUCACCUCAAGGUGUGGCUGGCCCUCAUUGACAUUUUAUUUUAUUCGCUGUUGUUGGUGAUUGAAUUAAAUGUUUUACGAAUCCAGCGAUACUCGUUCUUUAAAAAGCCGCGAAGAAUGAGACCACCGUCAGACUUGGAAAACACAAAGUACCUUCAGUCAUAUGUGAACUUCAUGUCUCAGGCUGUGUACUGGUGGAUCACAGAUCUGCUCAUUAAGGGGUUCAAAAAUCCAUUAACCCUGAAAGAUUUGGGCAAACUACCUCAGAGUGAAAGGUCUACACGAAUGUAUAAGAAACUGCAAAUGAUAUUCGAAGAAGAAAAGUUCAAGUCAAGACAACGAAAUAAAAAUCCAUCUUUGAUGUUCAGCUUUCUGAGGGCAGCUUGGCCUAUGCUAAUACUCUCUGGACUGUUUCGCCUCAUUGGAGAUUGUCUGGCCUUUGUUGGCCCCCUCCUCAUCGAACAGAUUGUUGACUAUGCUUAUGAAAUGGAGGAGCAAAAGUCUAGUCCUGUCCCAGAUGUAGUUGUGGCAACUACUGUUUCAAAUUCGACGAAAUCAAAGGUGUAUACCUAUGUCACAGUGCAGCAGUUUUUCUGGAAUGGUUACGUCUUGUCUGUUGUCUUGUUCCUGGCUUCCUUACUGCAGCAAACACUCCUGCAGAAUCACCAUUUCAUUGUUAUACGAGAAGGGAUCCGUGUUCGUACCGCUGUGCAGGCCAUGGUGUACAGCAAGGCUCUCAAGCUCUCCACUCUGGUCCUGAGUAAUGGCCAGUCCACUCUGGGACAGAUCAUGAACCACAUGUCCAUCGACUCCACCUUCCUCAUGUUCUUUUUUUUCUUUGUCCACUACAUCUGGGCACUGCCAAUACAGGUGAGCCUGUCUCUGCUUCUCAUGUACUACAAACUGGGUCUGGCUGCUGUCAUUGGAGGGCUCUUUGUGAUAUGUGCUGCGCCCCUCAUGUACCUGCUCGGUGUGUGUAUGUCACGGAUGCAGAAGAAAGUCAUGCUGCAUUCGGAUAGCAGAGUGAAGAAAGUGAAUGAAGUGGUUCAGGGCAUGAAAGUGAUCAAGCUGCUAGCCUGGGAGCCUGGCUUUAUCCAAUCUGUGGGGCUUUCCCGGUCUGCUGAGAUGUCCUACCUCUUGCCUCACACAGUGUUCAAGGCUUUGAUGGGUUUUAUUGGUAUUUGUGCUCCAGUCAUUGGCACUCUGCUGACGUUCAUGUUGUACCCGAUGCUGGAGGACAAGCCACUGACCGCUGGAGCCACAAUGUCUGUCCUGGCCAUCUUCAAUCUCCUGCAAGGUCCACUACAGAUCAUGUCUCUGUUAUCUGCGUCCAUUGCCAAUGCUCAGGUGAGCUGUGGACGCUUGCUCCCCUUCCUCAUGUCUGAAGAAAUCAAUCGACCUCACGAAUCCUUGCCAAGUUUAUCCAAGUCGUGCAGCGUUGGUUUUGAUUCAGCUCCUUCUGGCCAUGCGACGGUUGACAAACUGGACUCUGUAAUCAGCACAGACGGAAAGAGCCAAACUGCACAGAUGGAACUUCUUCCGCUAGAGAACCGAUCGUGUCGUAGCAGUAUUUGCUCAAACGCCAGUGCCAAAAUGCCUUCUUCGCCCACUCAGUCAAGACAAAACAGCACAGAUCUCCCAGCUAAAAAUAAAGGAGAGACAGUGAUAAUGAGCACCAGCCUGGGCAGUGCCAGCGGUUCUAGUCUCCUGGAGCCCAAGCGUAUGGGUCUGUCUCGGAACGCGACCAGCUCCGAGCUGCUUGACGUCAAACCCUCCAACGCUCUCCUCAGGAAGUCUAGUGCCCCGGCCUUGGCUGUGUCCGAGUUCACGGGUGAGUACAAAGGUGAUUAUAAGCGGAGGCGUCACCAUAGCAACCGUUCUGUUGACGAGGAGGAUCCAGUGAUAGAAGACUACUCUCUGAUGGAGCUUCAGACAGUCAUUGAUGUACAGGGAGGGAAUUUCUCCUGGGACCUCAAACAGGAGGAUGUUGCUCUCAACGAUAUCACAGUCAAGAUCCCCACAGGAAAACUGAGCAUCGUUGUUGGUCAGGUGGGCUCCGGGAAGUCGUCCUUGCUCUCAGCUUUCUUGGGAGAGAUGAUUCAAGUCUCUGGGAACAUGCACAAGUCUAAAAACAUGAAGGUGGCAUAUGUGUCACAACGGCCCUGGUUGCUCAACGCUUCACUGAAGGAUAACAUCCUAUUUGGAAAGCCGUUUGUGUGGAGGAAAUACAGAAAAGUAAUAUCUGCCUGUGCUCUUGGACCGGAUAUUGAAAUCUUACCUGCCGCUGAUAACACAGAGAUUGGGGAGAAGGGUGUGAACCUAAGUGGGGGACAGAAGCAGCGAGUCAGCAUAGCCAGGGCUCUUUAUUCAGAGGCAGACACUGUCUUUUUGGAUGACCCAUUGUCAGCCCUGGACAGCCACGUUGGUCGUCACGUGAUGGAAGAAGCCAUCAUGAAGCGCUUGGUGCGGAGGAACAGGACAGUGGUGCUGGUCACUCAUCAUCUGCAGUACCUCAGCCAUGCACACCAGGUGAUUGUCAUGGCCAAUGGUCACAUCCACUUCCAUGGCAAAGUCGGGGAGGUGAAGAAGUUUGACCCAGACCUGUAUGAUGUCUGGAGAAAGGCCAUCAGAGAUGCUAAGGCUUCAGAAAUUAGUCAGCGUCUAGAGAUUGGUGACUCAUUGGCGCUGGAGCGCAAACACAGCGGAGGUAGCCAGGUCAGUCAUGAUACCAUUGUCCGCCCCUCCUCCUCCCAGUCGCUUAGACGUUUUUCUCAGCUGAGCGUUCCCGGGUUGCCCGGCGGCCUUCAGGGCAGCGGCCGCAAAAUGUCAGCCAUGUCUGUGAUGACAGAAGCCAGUAACGAGGACGGGUAUGAUGACUUCCCGGAGGAUGAGGAAGAUGGAGCUUUACCCAAAGAGCCAUCAGUGGGGCAGCCAGAGGAGAAGGGAAAGCUGAUAAAGCAAGAGCACAAAGAGACAGGGGCAGUGACGAUGUGGGUGUACCUGCGCUAUCUGCAGGCCUGCUCCUUCACACUCUGUUUCCUCUCCCUGUUACUUCAGGUGCUGUACCACACACUUAUCGUCAGUUCCAAUUUUUGGCUCUCGGUGUGGGCGGCUGAUGCGGAGGUUCACGUAAGAAACGCCACGCUGUACCAGAGUUUUGGAAAUAACACCAAUGUCACUCAGCCGUUUGACAACUCUCCGUACCUGAUGACUUUUGUAUACCUGUCCAUCGGCUCGACCGUGGCCACGCUGCUGGGCUGUCUGGUCAUCUACCACACGGGCUACGUGGCCUCCAAGGUCAUGUUCACCAACCUGCUGGCCAACGUCAUCCACUUGCCCAUGAGGUUUUUUGACACAAACCCAAGUGGAAGGAUUUUGAACAGGUUUUCAUCUGACAUUACAGCCAUUGAUCAAAGACUGGGUGGACACGUGGAGAACUUGCUGCGCUGUGUGUUCUUUACUCUGUCGGCUGUGGUGGUCAACACUGUGACCACGCCCUACUUUAUCUUUGCUGCUGUUCCUUUCUUCAUCCUCUAUUACUGUUUGCAGAGAUUCUUUCGAGCCAGCGCUAGAGAGCUUCAGCGUCUGGACAGCGUGACGAAGUCUCCAAUCUUCUCCCAUUUCUCUGAGACGGUCAAUGGUUUGUCUAUCAUCAGAGCUUUUGGGGUGCAGCCAGAGUUCAAAAGACGCGCAUUUAAAGCCAUCGACACAAAUAUCAUCCCAUUUUUGUUUAUCCAUACAGCGAAUCGUUGGCUAGGUGUCAGACUCGAUUUCAUGAGCUGCCUGCUUGUGUUCAUCUCAGCAGUGGCAAGCUUGAGUUCGGGGCUGCACGGGCUGGCUAACCCAGCCUUUAUUGGUCUGUGUAUCACAUACACUCUGAUGGUGUCCGGGCAGCUCAACUGGAUCGUGCGCAUCACCACUGAGGUCGAGAUGAGCAUGAACUCGGUGGAGCGUGUUGUGGAGUACACAGACAUGAUUCCUGAACCCACCAUGUCUGCUCAAGGUCCAGUACCAGUGCCAGACAAGUGGCCGAGUGUGGGCAAGAUUGAGUUCCAGAACGUGACUCUGAGCUACGACAUAGACCUGGAGCCGGUGCUCCUGAAUGCUAGCUUCAUCAUACAAGGAGGGGAGAAGAUUGGAGUGUGCGGUCGCACAGGGAGCGGCAAAUCUUCCACCACCCUGGCCCUGUUCCGCAUGCUGGACUUGAAUGAUGGCCUCAUUCUGCUGGACGGAGUGGACAUCAUGCGAGUGCCACUGCACACCCUGCGGGCGCGGCUAGCCAUCAUACCACAGGACCCCGUGCUCUUCACAGGGACGCUCAGGUUUAACCUUGACCCCAACUCCCAGGAGCCGGACGACAAAUUGUGGUCAGCAUUAGAGUCGGUGGAGAUGAAGGACACCGUCACGUCGUUACCAGAUCAGCUGGACUCAGCUGUCGCGGAGGGUGGGGAGAAUUUCAGUGUGGGCCAGAGACAGCUGCUGUGCAUGGCCCGAGCUUUCCUCCGAGACUCGCAGGUCAUCGUGAUGGACGAAGCCACGGCCUCCAUAGACAUGGAGACUGACAGCAAGAUCCAGAGCAUCAUCCAUAGCCCUGUCCUGCAGAACCGGACCAUCAUCACCAUCGCUCACCGCAUGUCGACAAUCAUGAAUUAUGAUCGGGUCAUGGUGUUGGAGUACGGAGACCUCAAGGAGUUUGCACCGCCCUCUGAGCUGUUGGCAGACGUCGAGACAAUUUUUCACAGUUUGGUACACGGAGCUUGUGAUGCAGACCUUAAGUGAAUCGGGGUUAUUUUUCAUCUCAUAGAUGCAGACCUCAGAUGGUCUUUUUCAUCUCAUAGCUCCUGAGGAAAGUUACAGACAACUCUCUUUCCACUUCUUUGGACACAAGUUUGAGUGAGCUCAUCUCUACCUGCUGACUGCAAAAGGAAGUAAUGUGGCAAGUCAUAUAUUCUGAUGAUGCGGUCCUCAAGACAACCCAUAGCAAUAUGUUGAGCCAGUAGAACUUCAUGUACUAGACUCUUUGUUGACUUUUUUCGUACUCAAAUGAAUUCAUCUUGAUCUGAACUCAUGGGCACACAUUUUUUCUUGAACUCUGAUUGAUUAAUCUUGACUUGAACUCCUGUGAGUUCAUUUGGGGUUGAAACUCUCUCUUCCCAUGUUUUCAUCUUAGGAUUCUUGCUGACAAGUUGUUUUUGUCUCUGAGAGUCUUCUAGUGAUUUCAUUUUUACUCCCAGAUACAAUAGGAUUCAUCUUUACAUGAUGACAGUAGGAUUUUGUGUAGAGCCUCGUUUCUUCCUUUAUGUGAUAAUGGAAUAGAAUCAUUCAUCCUGACCUUCAAGCUCUAUUUGAGUUUGGACCUUCAAGCUGUAUUAAAGCUUGGUGGUCGAGCCUAACAACUAAUGUAGAGCUCAGGCACAUUCACAUUUUGUUACCAGCCCCCAAUCAAAUGUUACGUUUUACUUUACUAUUUCCUUCUGCUGGUACGGGUGGUGGGUGUUAUGGGGAGAAACAUUCAUCGGUCAGUCACAAGUGGAGUUACUCGUAGGAUGGUCAGGUCGUGAGCUCCAACGGUGUCCUUCUCAGAGUCGAUCCAGUGAUAAAGCAGUCUCCUUUUGUUUCUGUGAUGCAAAUGUUAUACAAACAAAAAUAAACACUUGUCUUUUUAUCUGCCAUUUUGAUAUGUAGCUCAGGAAGAAGUUUAUGUGCAAUUCUAUUUCUUCGCUGGCACGACCCACAAUGUUGUUUAGGGCACCUCUCUGUCUUCACAGAUGAAGAACUUCAAUGAAGGUAAACUUUUGAUUAUUUUGACCCCCACGAGUCCUCGUGUUCAAUAUUUGACAAUUUGUGUUACAACGUGGUAGAAUCGUGCACUUGUCAAUUUUUUGGGCAUAUGGAGUUGUUUUAAUCUUAAAGCUUGUUCAUUUGUCUUGCUUUUGAUGAAAGAAAAA